UGGGAAAGUGCAGGAAAUUGGAUACAGGGCGAGUGGGACUAGCCCCGAAGCGAGCUAGAACAGUCUAGGUCCGAAGGACCGCGGAGGAGACCGAAUGUAUAUCUGGGGGAGAAAGAAGAGGAGGGGAGUGGAGGGGGGGGGAGGAAAAAGGAGGAGAAGAGGGAGAGAGAAAAUGAAGGGGAAGGGAAAGGGCAGGCGGCGCGAGGCGGAGGUAAGCAAGCAGCAGGCAGGCAGGGGGAGAAGAAGGUGUGUGGUGGUCAAGGGAUGCACACACACACACACACACACACAGUUCGAUAGUCAAAGCCACGAGGCAAAAGAAAGAGACGGUCAGGCCAGAUCAGAUCAGAUCAGAUCAGUUCCUCCUUCAUUCGGUAGGUCUGGACUUUUCCAUCCGUCUAAUCUCGGGUGGAGAGAGGGAAAAAGCAAAAGGAAAAGGCGAGGGAACAGAAGGUCCCGUCGGGGAAAAGAGCAGAUAGUCGGAGAGUCAGAGAGUCAUGAGCCAUCGAUCAAUAAGUUAAGUUAGGUUAGUUAGCGAUCAGUCAAUCCCCAAGGCAAGCAAGCGGGGAGAACCGACACGCCCGAAACUCUUGCCAGUGGCAGUUGUGAGUAGUUCUGUAGUGUUCUGUAGUUCCAAACUUCCAACAGCAAGCAGCGUUGCGGGGAACCCAAUUUUCUCCCCGCGUGACCUUUUGUCCCAGUGACUAAGACAACUCCAUCGUGUAGACUCGACGAAACAUAACAUGCCA